CCUGUCAUUCCAAGUGUGAAGAAAAACACUUUUCUCUGAUCUGAUGCAGUCUGGAGAUGCUUUAUUUGGGUGGGAACCUCAUCAUCUCCAUCCCCCCAGAGCUGGCCAACCUUCGCGGUCUCAGAUACUUGGUCCUCUGUGAUAACCGGAUACAGAGUGUACCCCCCCAACUCACAAGACUCUACUCUCUGCGCUGCCUCAGUCUCCAUAACAACCUACUUACUUACCUACCGCGGGAGAUCCUCAGCCUGGUGCACCUGCAGGAGCUCAGUCUCCGCGGCAACCCCCUGGUGGUCCGCUUCAUCAAGGACAUGACUUACGACCCCCCCUCCCUCUUGGAGCUGGCCGGACGGACCAUCAAGUCCCGCAACCUUCACUACCACCCCAAUGACCUGCCUGGAAACCUGGUACAGUACCUGGACUUGGCCAGCAAGUGUCCCAACCCUAAAUGUACCGGUGUGUACUUUGACUCGUGUGUGAGGCACAUCAAGUUUGUGGACUUCUGCGGGAAGUACCGGCUACCCUUCAUGCACUACCUGUGCUCCCCAGAAUGCACCUCUCCCUGCAGCUCCAACCCGCAGAGCGACGCUGAGUCGGAGGACGAGAGAUGCGUGUCGGCCGACAAGCUGCAGAGAGUGCUUCUGGGAUAGAAGAAAGUCAAAGGACCUCGAGUUCACUGACACACAUACUGGAUGAUGGACAGUUUCCAUGACUCCCAACUGACCUGACUAACCCAACUUCUCCUGUGCCAAACACGAUAAACACUGACACUAAGCUGUUCACUUACAAAAGAGUGCCACUUUCAACAUGAGAUGUAGGAUUCCUCAAGGACUGAUUGUAAUGUAAAUUAACCACAGUUUAUUAUUGAUAUUUGGAGUCGUAGGGUUUUAAACAUCUAACUGAAGCUUAUGGGGAACUGAUUUUGUUGUAGACCACUCAUCAAAUGUAUUUUGAUGGACAUCCUCAGUUUGUAGUUUCUGUGUUAACAUGAAGGGCUGAAUUAAUUGUAUGUUAAAUUGAUUUUCUUUACCAUAUAGAUUCAGAAACACAGAAUGUGUUUCAUGCUUGUUUUAAAUCACCUCUCUUCUUAAGUUACCCUUUAAUCGUCAUACUUCUGUUGACACUGACUGCUCGCACAUGCAGUCCUAAUAUACAGUAGUCUCUUUCGCCUGUAGCAUUUACACACCAUGCAUUAAUGCCUUCCCUUAUCUCACAAAACAAUUUUUGUUGUUACUAACCAAGGGGAAAGUUGUGUAUGUUAAUGUGAUGAUUUAUUGUUCAAAGAGACUAAUCAAGUGCUUGUACUGUGAAUUAAAUGUUGGUUUGAUUAUUU